AUGAGGACUUUCAAUUUACUAUUGCAAUAUCUUUUCUUUCUAGCAUCAUCUUCAUCACUAGUCCACGGACAAACCACGACGUCCAAUGUUUGUAAUGGUGUCAAUGGCUUGUGUGGCUUUUCUGUGAACGAGAUCUUGUAUGGAAUGGUCCACAAUGCCAUGUCUUCUCCUUCUCACGGCUUUACUAUAUUUUCCAAUCAUGAGAACGACCCAAUCGUGGCAUCUCUAGACGCUGGCUAUCGAGGAAUUAGUCUAGAUAUUUGCCGUUGCAAUGGUCAAUUAGUAUUUUGUCAUGGGUCGUCCUUGGUGGGAUGUGGUGUCGGUUCGAGAAAUGCAACAGAAACCUUUCAACAGAUUGAUGAUUGGCUGGAAGCUAAUCCACGAGAAGUUGUUGUAUUUUUCCUGCAAGUCAAUAAUGGCGCUGGUGGAGGAGCCGCCGACAUCUCAUUGCAAGAUGUCGAAUCUAUCUUGUCGAACAGUUUCAAAUCCAAAAUGUACCAACAUGACAAUGUAGCCUGGCCCACACUGGGCGAGAUGGUGCAAGAUUGCAAACAAAUCAUCUUUUUCUACACCAGCGGUCCAAAUGGCAACCCUCCCAACGGAAAUCCGAAUGGAAUUCAUUUCUUCUUCGACUAUGCGUCUCAGACGUCCUUUUCCCACAGGUCGGUCGAAUCCUUGCAAGGCGCGCCGUGUGAGGCAAUAGGCACACAACAGGAUUUCUAUCUCUUUAAUGAUUUUAUACUGGACAAUGGCAUUGCACCAAGCAAGGCGGCAGCCCAGACGAUCAAUACAGGAACCUUUGUGGAACCCAUUUUGGAACAAUGUCAAUCGGUCUUUGACCACCCAGUCAACUUUGUGUCCGUAGACUUUUGGAGUCACGGUGACCUGUCGGAUUUCAUUCCAACAUAUAAUGCAGGACUAGUCGUAAAGGACGGUGGGGGUGGUGGUGGUGGUGGUGGUGGUGAUUCGACCAAGGCACAAGUGACUGUGUCUACGGAUGCUUGUCGGCCGGUAACGGUGACACCGACAAGCGCACCAACAUUGAGCCCUCCAUCAGCCCCUUCCAAUCCAACACCCGACUCUUCGGCCAACCGUGAUAUUGGCACGAGGCUAUUGAUACUCAGUCUUACAGUGUCUGUAAUUCUCCUUGCUUAA